AUGUCGUCUCCCUCUUCUCCAGCGAUAGGUCUUGUAUCCGCGAAUAUUAAAUUAUUCAACAGCAAAUCUGACAAUGAGCCAACACUGAAAUCCUCAAAUUCAGCUACCACAAUCAAUACGAAUACGUCUAAUCCUAAUUAUCUACCUCCAUUACCACCGAAGCCAACCAAGAAAGUUGAUAGAUUGUCGCCUCCACCUCCUCCUCUGCCGCCAUCGCCACCACCACUACCGCCUGCGAUAGCAUCCUCUACUGCUGGUGCUGCUGCAGCUGCUGCGUCGCUGCCUCCUCCCUUACCAGCAACUCCACCGAGACCUAUUAGAAACGGGACAGUGAAAUCAGGAUACAACAACAACCAUAAGAAAACCACAGCAUUGAGCCCAUCUUCGACAUCUUCAUUGACGACUGUAAUGCCAUCACCCAUUGUAGCCCAGAGAAGUGGGUCUACCUUGAAGGGCAUGCUCGGAAAGGUAGUCGGUAGUGUCAGUGAUUUGUGGACUGUGCAAGGGAAUUCAUCUACAUCAUCUGUCAACAGUUCACAUGCUAAAUCACAGCACAAUGGCAGUGGUAAAGCCAAGAUAUCCUCUCCAUACAACAUGGUUCAUGUAACACAUGUCGGCUUCAAUCCACAGACUGGCGAAUUUACGGGCAUGCCAAGAGAAUGGCACAUUCUGCUGCAACAGAGUGGCAUUACUAAAAAAGAGCAGCAACAAAAUCCACAGGCUGUACUGGACGUACUGGGAUUUUAUAAAGACUCCAAAGAUCAGUCUUUGGAUACAGUUUGGGAGAAGUUUGACAACGUGCAUCCCAAAAACUACACUUCUCGGGCAAGCCCUCCGCCAUUACCACAGCGAACAAGGCCACAAUUGGUCGUUGUUUCUAAUACUCAAGAUACCAAGCCCCCUGUACCCACUCGUCCGCCUACAACCAUUGCACAUAAAAGCAGCCUCAAUCAUCAAUACAAUCGACUUGAUAAUAACUCACCACCUCCGCCUCCUUCCACUACUUCUUCUCCUCUUAAUUCAACAACAUCUCUUCAUCCCGCUCAUGCAAUCCAUUCUGCUCCAGUAACGCCUCCCAGUCCGCCUCCAACAACAUCAUCGGCACCCCCUAUACCAGCUCGCCCAGACAAGCCAUCACAGUUACAAAAGGCGCCUCCACCGAAACCUCCGUUAUCAACCAAGCCAGCCGUGCUCAAGAAAAAAGCGCCUGCACAAGCAGCGAAAGCAACUGAAUCAACAAUGAAUGAUAUGGCAGCGGCGCUGACAAAGACACCAACACCGCCACCUCGAUCGAAUAAACCGCCCCGCGUGUUAUCCUCUGUUUAUAUUGCACCAUCAGCAGCUCCUCUAGAUCCAGCCUUGGAUACCCCACAAGACAAGACAAGACAACUUCGUAGAGAACAAAGGCAACAAAAAGAAGCUCUCAAGGAUGCUCAGGUGAUUGCAGAUCUUCAGGCUAUUUGCACAGACGCUGAUCCAACAAAACUGUACCGUAACAUGAUCAAAAUUGGCCAAGGUGCUUCGGGUGGUGUCUAUACAGCACAAUCAGUCGACACUAACAUGUCUGUCGCCAUCAAGCAGAUGAAUUUGGCACAACAAUCACGGAAGGAGGUGAUCAUCAACGAAAUUUUGGUCAUGCGAGAAGCUCAGCACAAGAACAUUGUGAACUACAUUGAUUCGUUUUUGGUUUCAAACGAGUUAUGGGUAGUGAUGGAAUACAUGGAGGGCGGUAGUCUGACUGAUGUGGUUACCACAAGUAUGAUGACAGAGAGCCAAAUUGCGACAGUGUGCAGAGAGACAUUAGAGGGCAUUGAUCAUUUGCAUUCCCUCGGUAUCAUUCAUCGUGACAUCAAGUCUGACAAUGUGCUCUUGGGGUUGAAUGGCCAUGUUAAGCUGACUGAUUUUGGAUUCUGUGCGAGAUUGAACGAUUCGGAAUCUAGAACCACUAUGGUGGGCACACCGUAUUGGAUGGCACCUGAAGUGGUUACCCGAAAGGAAUACGGGCCCAAGAUUGAUAUCUGGUCACUUGGCAUCAUGGUGAUUGAGAUGAUUGAAGGCGAGCCUCCCUAUUUGCAUGAAAAUCCCUUGAGAGCCUUGUAUCUGAUCGCCACCAAUGGAACACCGUCUCUGCAACAUCCUGAUGAAUUGUCAGACAAACUGAAGGAUUUCUUGAAGCAAUCACUGACUGUAGACAGUGCCGAAAGGCCAAGCGCCAAAGCACUAUUAGAGCAUUCCUUCUUGAAGAGAGGAGAAAGUGUGAAGACCUUGAUCCCUCUGAUCAAAGCAAGCCGAGAUCUUCGAAAAGCGCAUGAAUUAUAA